AUGGAAGGUUGCGGCGAAGCAAAAUGGGCAUAUCUACCAUACUUAGCUUUGUACAAAAUAUUUCAACAUUUAAAUCAUAAAGAACUUAUUUCAGCUGGUCAAGUGUGUAAAUUAUGGUAUGAAGCUAGUUGUAAUGAUCUCCUGUGGAAAGAGUUAUUCCACGACAAUUUUAUGAUAGAUAAGUCUAUUCCAGUAGUUGCAGGAAGAACAUGGUAUGAAGAAUUCAAGAGAUUAUCCUACAACAUACCUGUCGUACAUACCGAAACAUUAAGCUAUCACAACGAUCAGGUGUUGCACGUCAGUUUUUCCCAUAAUGGGAAAUAUUUCGCAACUUGUUCCAAAGAUGGAUAUGUCAUUUUAUGGAGAUCGAAAUAUCCAGCUAAGAAGAAGUAUAUUAGGAACAUGAAACAUUUCAAAUGGAAGUACACCCAGUAUUCGCAAUUUAAUGAAUCUGAUACUCUUCUUCUUGUGUCCGGAGUUCAUUUUGGCACAACUCACAGUACUUCCGGUGAAAUUGCAGUUUUUAAUUUGAGAAAUUUUGAACUGCAAUGUCGAGUAGUAAACAAACCUUAUGACAUUUUCGGUACUUGGUACAGCGAUCAAUACUUGCUCUCUGGAGACCUACACUGGCUUGCGCAUCUAGUUAGUACGUCGCAUCUUUGGCUGAACAAAGCAUCUCAAGAAGCAGAGUCCGAAUUAGUACCAAUCACUCACUGCCUUUUCCGGUUUUACAACAGAAACGCCAGUUCCAUAAGGGCGAUAAUGAUAGCGAACUGUCUUCCGAAUUCCGAGAAUGUCAAUGUGGAAAAUAGUGGCGAUGGGAAUGUAAGUCCUCAGCAAGGGACGUCGUCGCAACAUGGGAAUCCUGUUAGCCACAACGAUAUGGCCUGGACACCUUUAGAUGUUAGACGAUCUAUGUACAAUUCCGUGUUGGAUUCAAUGAAAAAAGACUUUCCUCAUCCAAUUUGGUAUAACGAAGAUUACAGAAAGGUUGAAUCCGAAUCGUGGACUGCCAUAGACAGCGAUGAAGAAGUAGAGGACGUAGGGAACAAACCGAACGAAGAUACUGACGACAACAGUUCAGAAUCAUCGUGUGAUACUGAAACUGAGAGAUUCGUUCAGACUGACAAGUACCUUAUUUUCACAACAGGUUACAAGACAUAUACACCACACCAGAUAGGAUUCAAACGAAUAAAACCAUUUAAAUUUCCCAAGCGAAUGGAACUAGGUCUAAGCUUGAAGGAACGUUUGAUAUUAUUCGAACAAAGAAAAGAACAAAGCCCGCCUCCGGAUCCGGACUGGUUGGAUUUCGAUCAGGUGGCGGAUAAGUUUGAUAAAGUUGAUCAUUUGAUCGAUCUUCAUGGACAUAUAGUCGGGAUGGGACUGAGCCCAGAUCAAAGAUAUCUGUAUGUAAAUAGCAGAUCUUGGCCGGAAAAUUACGUGAUAAGUAACCCUUUGGAUCCACCGCCAAUAGCACAAGAAAUCGACAUUCAUGUGAUAGAUUUAGUGACUUUAAAACAAGUAGGAAAGAUGCUUCGAGCGCACAAAGCAUUCACACCGAAUAACGAAUGUUUCUUUAUAUUUUUGGACGUGUGCAACGAAUAUGUGGCCAGCGGAGCAGAAGAUAAACAUGGUUACCUAUGGGACCGGCAUUACGGCGCAUGCCUAGCCAAGUUUCCCCAUCGAGACGUCGUCAACUCCGUGGCUUUCAACCCGAAAGAUCCCGAAAUGUUGGUGACGACCUCUGACGAUCAUACGAUCAGAAUAUGGCGAUCUAGAGAGAAAGUGAACAGCCUUAAACUAAACGAAGCUGCGUUUCUAAAAGGAAUUGAAAUGAGAAAAGGUAAUGUGGUGAAGAACAGUCGUAAAAGAUUGAAUAUGUCUCCGGAUAGUUAG